AAGUGUCCUCGUCGUCGUCAUUCAAUUCGGCUAGGCAAGUUGAGCAUACAUAAAUAGUUACUUGAUUCUUAUAUGAGCGUACACACACACAAACAUAAGCACGUGUAUUUGUAGAUUGUUAAUUCACUUUACACUAAUAUACAUUAUGAGGGUUGUUCCCAAUUCAGUUGUGCAGCAGUGCUAAAAGCGCAAAGCAAAUAAGACAAGGAUACUCUUACAAGAGAGAGAGAGAGAGAGUAAAAAUGCAGGCGAGUCCUUGCUGGGAUUUAAAGGUUGUUAAGGCAGAGUAUAAAAGCGCGUAGUCCUGAAGGAUCUGACAGCACAUUCGUAUCAACCGGCGAAACGUGAACACCGAAAAAAAACACACAAAAUGGCACAACAAAGCAAAACACAAAUUUACUUAAAAAUCAAGAAACCGCUAUUGGAACGUCAAAGACGUGCACCCAUUAAUAACUGUUUGGAGGCAUUAAAGAAACUUGUUGCUGAGUUACAAGCUGAUGAAGCCGUACUACGCAUGGAUAAAGCCGAGUUACUCGAGCAAACACUUAUUUUCGUUCGCCAACAGUGCCGCGGUAAGGCACAACAACAAAGCGCACAAGUGCACACCGAUUUAUUUCGUAAUGGCUAUAUGAAUGCAGUUAAUGAGGUGUCACGUGUGAUGGCCUCAACACCUGGCAUGAGCGUGCAAGCGGGCAAAUCUGUAAUGACACAUUUGGGUCGCAGUUUUAAUCGCCUACAACAGGAGCAGCAGCAGCAGCAACAACAACAGCCACAACAUACAACAGUUCAACAGCAGCAACAAGUAUCACAUCGGCAAACAAAAACAGUUACAAAUAUGCAACCACUACGCAUUGAGUGCGCACCACUGAGUCCCGCUUCUUCCGGCUAUCAUAGUGACUGUGAAAGUCCCAUUGCGUCACCUGUUGCACAGCAGCAGCACACAGCUGCAGAGAGUUUGUGGCGACCUUGGUAAUGCAAUGGCAUUGCAAAGCAGAAGAAAGCAAUGAAGGAGAGCGUGAGAGACUAGUGGGCAUUUAUUGAUGUGACCACCACCAACUGUGAUACUGUUCUGUGAUGUUUCUAUUGAACAACAAUUUUAUAAUAACUACACUGAAAAGGGAAAGCAAUUAAGAAUUUAAAUAAGUAUAUACAAAUAAAAUAAA